AGACUCUUUUCUUCUCUUAUAGCAAUCAGUUUCACAGCUGGAAAAACCAACGCCACUGUCAAAAGUCGAGGGUUGUUCACUUGUGAGACAAUCACAUUUGGUGAACCGUUCUAUGGUGGAAAGCAAAUAAAAGUCUUUGCUUCCUUUGGUCACUCUGUUAAAAAAAAGGCCCGUGGUAAUGGCGCUGCUAUUUGGGUAGAAUCAGUAGAUAGAGCUCAAUUCCGCGCUUGUAUCUACGAGUACAACAUCGGCUCAAAUUCAACUGCUGAGAUAAACUGGAUUGCCCUACAAUCUGCUCCCAAAGGAGCACAACUAGGAACCACUUCCCUGGACUCUUGGACUACCGGAACUGAAUGUAAAAAGAUCGACUUUCCUCAGGUACGUUCCAUUUUGCUAUGAUUACCUACAAGCUAGGUGCCCAUGGAGGAUUAAUUUAAAAAAGGCAGAAACUGGUGACUUAUGUAAGGUAUUAGUUAAAGGAUGUAACUCACGACCCCAAAUGCGAUUCCUCUUAAGGAACUUAACCAGCUGUUCCAUCAAUAAAUUUAGGCAGAAAAUUGACGUCACUUAAGUUUCAAGUUCAAUAACCUAUAUACAAUGUACAUGCUAUUAUGCACGGACUUCAUGUUUUAACACGAACUGAGGAUAAAAGUAUAAAAGGUGAAUCGUUAGUUAAUGUUUUAAUUUGAGAACGAUUAAUACAAUGAAACAGCUUACUUUGUACUGUGAUCUUUUGUUGCGCGGCUCUCCCUCUUUGUUUUCCUGUAUUUGGUUUGGCUGGUUUUUUUUUUUUGGAAUGCGCAUCAUUAUAGCUAUGACAGAUGUCCACUCCAUGACCCACACUAGCCCACUCAUAUAUUGUGAAGUAUUUUGAAGGUUAUUUUUUAAAGUUUAUUUCGUGUUUGUGCUUGACGUUUCACUUCUGACUAGAGUCUUGUUAUGAUCAGUUUAUAGAUCAAGGUUAAUCCGUAUGUGUUAACAGGUUUUCAAAUUCUAUUCUUGGGUUGCACGUGACGUCACCAAAAAUCAAACUAAGAAAGUAUCGAUUCUUCUGAGUUUCUACUUUCACGAGGUAUUACAGCACCUAAACACCUUUAAAUAAACAAAUUUUUGGUUCGAAAGGGUUGUUCGUUUUGCGAGAGAGGACGCUUAAAUUUCCAGGCUUUUGCGUGACGCGGCAUUUAGCUGGCGGCCGGGAAAGCUCUUAUGUGGGUUAAAAACAUUACCGAUUUUGGGAGAUUUUGCCAUCUAACCAUUCCUUGUCUCAGAAUAAAUAUUACUGUAAUCUUUAUGUGUUCCUCAAGCGAAGAAUUCACGCAUAAGUGGGAAAAGUCGAAAACAGAUCAGUUUCUGUUGGUAUCCGGCGGCCAUAUUGGUGUUCCUGAAAGGGACACCAACAUGGCGUUUCCAUACAAAGCUUUUUUAAAUUUAGGUAAACCGUUUUUCCCAAUAUCUCGCAUUUGAAAUAUUUCACAGACCUGAUUCUAGGCAAGGGUUUUUGUAUAUUUAUCUUUUUUCAUUUUCCAGAUUCUAGUCCUUCUGUAUUGAAUGGUUUCCAUUUUUAUUUUACGUGACAGUGCAAGCCGAGAAUUAUCUUUUAAAGUAGUUUUUCAACAUGACUGUCAUUUAUUAAAUUUGAUUGUGAGUCCUUGAAGAGGGCACGGUUUGGAACCGUCGCUGACCUUGAUUGUUACCUACAUCAGAGUUCCUGUUUUGGUUUAAGGUAGAGUCUCGUGGAGUUUGGUUUUCUUAUGGGUUUGCUUAUUCCACUUUAGUUAUCAACAGGAAAUUCGCUUAAGUCACUCAGAAAGGCGUUUGUAACCCUCAUGGUCAGCAAGCCUAAACGUACCUACGUUUUACUUAUACAAGUUGCCAGUGUUUAGCACAAGGGAGAGAGUAGUUGAGAUUAGUUACAGUUAGUUGUCUAGCAGAAUUCGUUAAGUGAUGCUGUAAACAAGACUUAAGAGCUCCUGUAAAGAUUAAAGAACAACAAGAUGUAAACUCAGACACCUGGUACCUCUACGCUCAGCGAGUGAAUUGCUUGUAAACCCCCUACACAUAUUAUCACCUACACCCACUCCCCGACCUCAAACCCUCUCACUCUUUCAUCCGUAUUUGAUUAACAUUACAUUCUCAUAUUUUCGAGUCGAAAAGCAAUAAAACGUUGGCAUUAGAAGUCAGGCUUACGCUCGCCGCCGUAAAUCUAUUUAGAGAAUCUUUCAUGAAAUAUAAUCAUUAAAGACGGUACACAAACUUAAAUCAAAUUAUUUAGGAAAGAUAUUAGAAGAUAUAACUUGUAUUUUUGGCCAAAUUUGUUUUGCAGUUUAAAUAACUUUACACAUAGUAAUUAUAUUUUACUAUAGCUGGUACUGUAAAAUAUUUUUGUCCUUUUCCCAUGCUUCAAUGUGAGUGUCUCCUUCCAAAAGAAGUUUUUUCUGUAUGUGGGUGGAAGUCCGUGUAAUACUAUGAAUCGCGCGUAAAUAAAUCAGAAAGAUUCUUG